AGCUGUCAAAUUUGAAAGAUAAUUGCGGUAUACCUGUGUAUUUACCCAGACCACCGUGCGACCCUCAGCAAUAUGGCGGACGCUUCGAUGCUUGCUUUGCGUAAAAAAGGAGAUUUUCAUCUGUGAAAUACUGUAGGUCAUAUGAUAUCUUACAUGAGUAACCAUUCGGGGUUAAAGUCGUUUUGAACAGAGGCAACAAUUUUUUUACCUGGGGUAGUUUUGUCUCAGAACUCCCCACAAUACGGUAGAAAAAUGUAUAACGCUGUUCCACCGCCAAAUGCAAAAGACGACAAAUCAAAUCCCGUAGCAGAAAGCAGGCGAGAAUUACCUCCUCCUGGUGUCUCAGAAGCAGCUUGGAAGGUAAAGAUACUCAGGAAGAAAUUUCAGGAACUGAAGGAAAGAAGAGAGAAGACAUGCAAAGUAUCAAGUGAGAGAAGGGUCAAAGCAUUGAAGAAAAAGACCUUAGACCCAGUAUUCAAAGAGCUUCAGAGUGAAGAGGACUGUUAUAUCCUAAGAGAACAUGGAGUAAUUUUGCCAAGCAAUUUCAAAAGACGUCAAAAUAACAAAAGGGCCGGCACUGCUUCUGAUAGAGGAAGUGCUAUAGAGCGAUGUACAAUUAGUGUGCAAGAUUCAACAGAAAAAAGACUUCACAAACAGAAAGAUAAAAAGGCUGACCUUGAGGAAGCCAUACAAAGAGCCCUAAAAGAAGGUCAGUUUGACAAAGCUGAAGAGUACAGUGAUGCCUUACAAGAUCAGGACUAUGCAGAAAAAGUACAUGCUCUUUUAGCAGCUAAAGAUUACUCUAAAAGGAAGUCCGAUCAGGCAGAAAAGGCAAAGAAGAGAAAGAGGAUUAAAUUACACUGGGGUUUUGAGCAGAAAGAGCGUUGGGAGAGUAAAGGGAACAUGUAAAUAGAUAAUGAGCACUAAAUUAUUUAAAAAGUACUUAUAUUCUAGCCAGGCUAAUGUUUUAAGAUAUUUUUUUUAAUAGUUAUGUAUUUUAAUAACUGACACAUUACUGUGAGUACAUACAAUCAUACAAGCAAAAAUAUUACAAAAUUAUGCAUUACACAUUGUUGUUUACACAAGAAUUUCCAAAAGAUUCGCCUUUCAUUAUUACUGGUAUUCCUUAUGUUUAGAAGCCACCUUUUAGUAUUCUUUCUUUUAUGGUUACUUGAUUCCACCCCCCCCCCCCCCCAUUCCCUGUUCCUUCUUUUAAGCCCAAAAUAUAGAUCCAUUUAAAUAUUUUAAUCAUAAAUUAAUCCUUUUAAUUAGGCUUGGAUCGAUCUCUUUAUUUCACCAUGUGUGCUAUGUAAUAAUGCCUGUUUUGUUUAUUUGAGCUGUGAUAAGAUGACUAUUUCCUGUGCAAAAGCCAGCCAUCAUAUUUUUUUAUGAAUACAUAGUUCUGUCUGUCUCUUUUUUAUGCUAAUAAGUUAUGGAGUGAUCACAUAGUUAGAAAUGGAAAAACACAAUGCUAUAUCUAUUGAGUUGUACAAUUUUCUUUAGAAUAAGCAAACACAACAAGCAAAAGUUUCAAAUGCAAGCAAUUUGAUUAGUUCUCCUUUUCUUGCUGUUAAAUUUUUUAUUUAGUUGCUUGGGGUCUUAUGUUCAUUCUAACAAAGCUAAUGCUUCGAGUUAUGGUUACAACAGAAAGAAUUGAGCAAUUACACCCCUGGAACUUUGCAUAAUUCAAAUAUUAGAGUUAUAGCAAAAAUAAAUCAUUUGGGCCAGUAUUUCUGUUUUCUUAUAGACCUUGAAUCAAGCAACACAUUAAGAUACUGUUUUAAUUAAGGAGGUUUUAUAGUAAUCCUCAAGAGCAAUUACUAAAUCAGUCAAUUAAUCUGACCUUGCUUUGUUUACGGUUCACAGUGAUGAUAAAUUAUGCGGAAAUGGUGUGUUGUACUGUAAUUGUAGACAAAAAAUAUAUAUUAAGAAACACAGAGAAACAGUUUAGUUUGAGGCUCACACCUUCAUUUAUUAACACAUUGACCCCUCAACCGGCCUGUACCGGCUUUGGGAAGUACCCACAACCCCAAAAAAUCAUAAAUGCAAAAUUCUCAAGAGCAAUUACUAAAUCAGUCAAUUAAUCUGACCUUGCUUUGUUUACGGUUCACAGUGAUGAUAAAUUAUGCGGAAAUGGUGUGUUGUACUGUAAUUGUAGACAAAAAAAAAAUAUCAAGAAACACAGAGAAACAGUUUA